AUGGUAUCAAAUAUUCUUAUUCCUGACCACGAUGCAAAGGUUUUCAUCAGUCCUGAAGAUCCGACCUUACGUUCGAGUAGAGCUGAUAAUAUUGUUCAACUAUUUGUAGGAGGUAUGAAAAGAUGGGAUGCACAGUACUUCAUACAUAUUGCCCAGUAUGGUUACACUUAUGAAAAUUGUUUGGCAUUCUUUCCCAUGUUUCCUUUAAUUGUAAGUAAAAUGAGCAAUAGACAAAAGCAAUAUUCCAAAACAUUUGGGGCCAAUGAUCCUGUUUUCUUUGUUUAUAUAGUACAUGUGCUAUUUUUAUCGAUCUUUUGUUUGGUAUUUGUCCACAUUCAGGUGACAACUAGGCUUCUGGCUUCUGCUAGUCCAGUUUUGUAUUGGAUUUGUUCAAGCAAGAUUAAUGUUGGACCUACACCAACAUCAGAUCAAAAUACUAUAAACGAACAUUUCCGUCGUAUAGGCAUCGGUAAAAGGAUACCGUCGCACCAUUUAUCGAUAGCGAAUUUGGAGGGUGUUGACAAUAUGUAUAGUAAGUGGAAAACUUUCAUUGUAUCUAGAAAGAUGCCAGAUUUCCAAUCACGGUUCAUUCAAUGUUAUUUUCUUGGUUAUCUUGUUAUUGGAACUGUAUUGUUUUCCAAUUUUUAUCCUUGGACCUGA